GUCCCUCGGACACAGCAGAUCACCGAUCACGGAAAGAGCCGAAGAUGUCGGCUCGGUCAUGUGAUCAGCUCUGUCCAAUCACAGCUGAUCACUGAUCAUCAGGGCACUGAUGAUCAGUGUGCCCUGAUGAUCAGUGUGGCCCCAGCAGUGCCACCUGUCAGUGUCCAUCAGUGCUUUAUGUCAGUGCCUCGUGCCAGUGCCUAUCAGUGCCACAUAUCAAUGCCACAUAUCAGUGCCCAUCUGAGCUGCCUUUCAGUGUCACCCAUCAGUGCCAGUCAGUGCCACUUAUUAAUGCCAAUCAGUGCUGCCAAUCAGUGCCACCUAUCAGUGCCAGUCAGUGCCACCUAUCAGUGCCAGUCAGUGCUGCAUAUCAGUGCCAUAUAUCAGUGCUGCCUUUCAGUGCCCAUCAGUGAUGCCUGUCAAUGCCCAUCAGUGCCACCUACCAGUGCCUCCUCAUCAGUGCCACCUAUCAGUGUCCAUCAGUGCAGCCUAUAAGUGCCCAUCAGUGCAGCCUCAUUAGCGCACAUCAGUG